ACCCAAAAUAACAAAUGAAACAGAACAGGGUAAGGUGACACUGUCAGCCAUUACUGGCUCUUUGGCACCCUUUUGGAUUUGGAGGUGUCUCAAGCAUAAUUUAGAGAGAGAAAAUCUGAGUUGGGGUUUGGCUUUUCUCAGAGAGAGAGAGAGAGAGAGAGAGAGAGAAGAGAGAGAAAAUGGAGACUUCACUUUCAUGAGAGUCGGUCUAGGAAGGAAACAAGGAGUGGAGCGAGGAUUUGGGCGACAAACGAGAUAGAAAAUAUUAUUCAUAGUUGCUCUAGAUUUGCAUACUUUGAAUUCGAAAAUGAUAUUAAAAAAAAAAUAAUGUAUUAGAUUUUUGGUUUCUCUCUGAUCUGAUCUGUCUCUCAGACAAACAACUGGGUUUGAGAAAAAUCCGAAAAUUUUGAGAUACUCUCUCUACUCUUCAUUUUGUUAUUUUUUAUUAUAUAUUUGUUUUUAUUUUUUUGGCUGAAAACUUGGCUAAGCUCUUGGGUUUGUUCCUCCCUCUGCGAGAUUGUGGGUAAAUUCCUUUUUAGCUUGGAUUCUUCAAAUUUUUCUUUACCUUUUGCACUCACCCCCCGAAUUUUAAUUUUCAAAUUAUGAGAGAAUUGAGUAUUUCCUUGUUUCUCUAACCUCUGUAUCUGGGGUUUUCUUCAAAUUUCAUUGACAGAUACAAGAAGAGUUGGCUCAGUAAAAAAAUUGAUUAUAAAAACACAAGAAAAAGUUAUUAAAAAAAAAAAAGAAAAGAAAAAGAAAAGGGUUUUCCUCUAAUAUCUUCCUAUGUAGAUGGGUUUGCUCCAAAAUUGGUUUUUGGCAAUCUGUUUAUUUUUAAAAUUAGAUGGAAGAUAAAUAGGAAUGGCCCAAGACGAUCAAACUCAGAAGUGUAGCAGUAGUAGUGGUGGUGGUGGUGGUAUUGGAAGCAUUGGUAGAUCUUCUUCCAAAAAACCAAAGCAAAAAAAAGUCCCACAAAGAGGACUUGGUGUGGCACAGCUUGAGAAAAUCAGGCUUGAAGAACAGCAAAAGAAAGAUGCAGCAGUUGUAGCUGCAGCUGCGAUAUUAUCAUCCCCAUCUUCUUUGUCACCCACCAAAUCUUCAUAUAUCUCUCUCCCUAUUCCACAUUACCAUCAUCACUCCCAUCAAUCAUCCUCUUCAAUCCAGUUCUCUUCUUUACCUUCAGUAGAUAAUUCCUUAUUUAGACCCCCUCUUCUGCCAGCCCAAAACAUCGAUGUUAGGAAGCCAAACAAUGUUCCAUUCACAAACCAGGUAGCAAAUAAUGAUGGGUUUGAGAUUCCAGGCCAUGCCAAUGUUCCUAAAUUGUGGAAUCCUCGUGAGUAUAGUCUUGAAAAGGAGAUUUCGUCUGGGUUGGAUCCUGGAUUCGCACAUCGCUCUACUUUGAAUUUGCCUUAUGAACCCAUCACCGUUUGGCCCCUCAAUGCUUCGGUGCGCAGAGCACAGCAACAUUACCAACCUCCUUCUAUGGUGAAUGUUCCAUUAUCAACUUCAUCAUCAUCGUCAUCAUCAUCUGUAUUAAGCUAUCAGAUGGAGCCCCCUUCAAACCAAAGCUAUAAUGGCAACUUUACACAUAUGUGGCCAGAGGAAGAAAAGAUAGUUGGCAUGAAAAGGCCAUAUCCCUUCUCUUUAGACAAUCCACCGGGUCCUCCUUUCAGCAUCAAAUUCCCUGCCUUUGUUGCUCCCAUGAGAGUGGAUGAACCAGCUUCAUGCAGGAAUGGAGGCAGCUUUAAUUUGGAGACUAGUCACCCAAAGUUAAGAGAAGGCCCUUCAUGCUCAACUUCCAUUUUGGAGUCGUAUUCAAAGAAUAGCAUCCAAGAAAAUGGUGCUUUCAGUGGAGAUUUUCUCACACUAUCCCUCCCUACUUGGACAUCUCAGAGCCCAAAGUUCAACCUCCCUUCUGGGCAUCUAUCGUUCCACAACUGCGAAAUCCCCAAUUUCGCUACACAUCCCUUUCAAGGAAGUGUGAAUGACCCAAAGACGAAGUUCCAGCCAGAACCAAGUGUCCCAACUGAACAACAGCGUUUCUACAGUUUCUUCCCACCAGCAACGCCACAAAUUGGCCAAGCAGAGACCACAAUGCAUAAUUGCCAUGGAGAAGUACGAGAAAAUGUUGAUCUGAAUCUGAAGUUGUAAAAGGCUAAAAACCUCAUAAUUGCCAUGGAGAAGUACGAGAAAAUGUUGAUCUGAAUCUGAAGUUGUAAAAGGCUAAAAACCUCCAUUUAUUGUAAUGUAAUUGGCAGGCUAGUUGGUCCUGUCCGUGAAGACCAUACUAGGAAAUUUUUUCUUUGAAUUGAUUUCAACAAGUAGGGUUUUUUGCUCUUUUUUUU